AUUACUAUUUAAUCCUGGACAUGUCAUUGUAGCUCAAAACAACCGUAGCAAGGAAGGCUGCUUCAUUAAGUAGGGAACCAUCAGCCAUUUGUGCACUAAUUAACCUCACCGGUUAUAACUUCACUGUUAACCUGCAUGUAGCAAACAUACCUGCAGUGUAUUAGUGGUUUUAUGAUUACCAGUUAUUCUUACAUAAAAAAAUAAAUCGGAACGAGCACAACAUUGAACUUUCCAUACCAUACAAAUAAUUAAUUAACUAAUAACUUAGCUAAUUAACAAACUAUAUGAGUUGUCAUCUUACUCCUUGACUCAUUUGUUGUGAUUAUUAACUGACAUUUAGUAUAAAAUAACAUCAUAUGUGAUUGCUCGCAGGUACAACAACACGGACAUGGCGUACGAUACAAAAACUAAAUAGAUAAUCAAACAUUAACUAUGCAAAGCUAAUAUACCAAUAAUAUUUCUCGUUUAUUAAUCUUAUAAUUUUAUGGCCUUAUUUCUUUAUUAUCAUCAUUAUAACCACCAAUACAAGAACAAGGCCUCAGCGUACGAUACCACCGCCUCCCCAGCCGGCACGUGGGCCUCGGUCUGGGCAGAUGUAAACAGACCAGUCGUUGCGUAAAAAGGAAAGAAAAAUCGUGGAGGAAAUGCUGAGUAUCUCCACUUGAAGCUUGAGAAGGACGUGCAGGAGGAGGACACAUCAAGCCGCAGCCAUGACGGAGCUCCAGCCAGUGCAGCAGAUGGUGUCCUCGUGUUCUGGGGCGAUAAUAACGUCAAUAUUCAUGACUCCCUUUGACGUGGUGAAGGUUCGCUUACAAGCCCAGCAGAGAGCUGAGCUGGCCCAGAAGUGUUUCCUGUACUGCAAUGGCCUCAUGGACCACAUCUGCAAGUGUGCCGAGACCUUCUGCACCCACACACAUUCAGCGUCGUGGUACAAUCGCCCUGUGCCGGUGCAACUCAACGGAACACUGGAUGCAUUUGUGAAGAUUUCUCGGCAAGAAGGUGUGCAAUCCCUGUGGUCGGGCCUCUCCCCUACACUGGUGGUGGCUGUACCCAACACUGUCAUCUACUUCACCACCUAUGAACAAUUGCGCUCCCUCUUUCACCAUGUCCUGCUGCCUGAGCAGUCUGAGCCGUCCUCCCUCAUUGGUGGCAUGGCGGGUGGCCUGGCCAGGGUGUGGUCGGUGACGGUGGUGUCUCCUUUUGAACUGGUGCGGACUAAGAUGCAGGCGGCUCAGAUGACGUACAGAGAGUUGGCAGUAGUGUUAAGGAACCAGGUGAGCAGCUCAGGUGUGCGCAGUCUUUGGCGUGGUUGGGUGCCCACUGUCCUCAGAGAUGUCCCCUUUUCAGUAUUGUACUGGCUGAGUUAUGAGAAGCAGAAGAUCAUCAUGAACCAGCAGUGCCCGUCCUUCCAGUUCACCCUUGUUGCUGGUGCUGUGUCUGGCGGGAUUGCUGGCACCCUCACUCUCCCUCUUGACGUGAUCAAGACACACAGACAGAUUGAAAUUGGUGAGGAGAUGUUUUCAGAAGUAGAACGUGCCAGGAGCUCCAGGUCAACAUGGGGGAUGCUGGAGUACAUCUACCAGCAACAGGGAGUGCGUGGCCUGUUCUCUGGCCUGGUUCCCCGCCUGGCCAAGGUCAUGCCUGCAUGUGCCAUCAUGAUCUCCACGUAUGAGUACACCAAGAAGUUCUUCCGCAGCAGGAGGCAGCUCAUGGCAGAGAAGGGCGCCUCUGCCUCUUAGGGGGAGCAGCGCAAGCCUGAGAUGUGUCUUACUGCCGAAGGGGAAUGUUGGCAUUGAAUUUUGUACGUUGGGGAACUUGUGGUGCUGUGGUUAGUAAAAUAAAGACAAUUAUAUGUAAAUAAGUGCAAGAUUUAUCAUAGUUUUAUAUGAUAAUGUUAAUAUGAUCAACUCGGAUAUUCCAUAUUAUAUUACAUUUCAUCUAGUCCAUCUGCUUUAGUGGAGUUGAUGCCACAACUCUGCUUGCACUGGCAGUGUUUGGGAGAGUUGUGCUGGAGUCACUGUGGUGACAGCAAGACCAGUGAAUGAUCCCCAGAAUGCUUCAGAACCAUUAUCAUAGACAUUUUUUCGUGUUGUGACUGCUGCCUUGCUAGCUAAGCUUUGUGCAUUCAUUAAUCAGUCACAAGUUUUCUACUUAUUUAUUUUUUCAAGUGUUUGGUGUUGAGAACAUUAACACUUGUAUUUCUUGUUAAGUUGUCUUUAUAAGUGAUGUGGCCUUCAGUGUUGGCCAAAUGUGGCAAUACUGUACCUCAUUGUACUUGGAAAACUCUUACAAAUGUUGCUCAUAUUCAGAAAUGAAAAAAAAAAAAAAAAAAAAAAUUUACGAGGAAUUCUG